AGCUCAGAUUUCGCCUUUGAAAAAGCGUCUGAUACCUUAGAUGAGCACCUCGCUGAUAGCUGGGUUGCUUGAUUUGAAUUUGAGGAGUUGAAAAGCCUGUUUACUUUCUUGCUUUGAUGUUGGGUAGAUCUGGUUUUGAUUAGAUCAAUACCCUUUUCUCUCCCUACCCUCCCCCCUUCCUUUUCUUCCCAGAAAGGAGGCUCAGAUGAGCCCCUGCUGACUCGAGAGAGAAAGAGAGACCACGCUGAUCGCUGAGAGGAACUGGAAGGAGAAAACAAUUCCCAAACUCAGUGAGAAGAGCUGGCUCACCAUGAGUAGUGCUGUGUUGGUGACUCGCCUGCCAGACCCCAGCAGCAGCUUCAGGGAGGAUGCUCCCCGGCCCCCGGUUCCGGGGGAAGAAGGGGAGACCCCACCCUGCCAGCCCCCGGUGGGGAAGGGCCAGGCCACCAAACCCAUGCCCAUCUCCUCCAACACCCGGCGGAACGAGGAUGGGUUGGGGGAACCGGAGGGGCGGGCAUCUCCGGAUUCCCCUCUGACCAGGUGGACCAAGUCCUUACACUCCUUGUUGGGCGAUCAAGACGGUGCUUAUCUCUUCCGGACUUUCCUGGAGAGGGAGAAAUGCGUGGAUACUUUAGACUUCUGGUUUGCCUGCAAUGGAUUCAGGCAGAUGAACCUGAAGGAUACCAAAACUUUACGCGUAGCCAAAGCGAUCUACAAAAGGUACAUCGAGAACAACAGCAUUGUCUCCAAGCAGCUGAAACCCGCCACCAAGACUUACAUAAGAGAUGGCAUCAAGAAGCAACAGAUUGAUUCCAUCAUGUUUGACCAGGCGCAGACCGAGAUCCAGUCGGUGAUGGAGGAAAAUGCGUACCAGAUGUUUUUGACUUCUGAUAUAUACCUCGAAUAUGUGAGGAGUGGGGGAGAAAACACAGCUUAUAUGAGCAACGGGGGACUGGGGAGCCUAAAGGUCGUGUGUGGCUAUCUCCCCACCUUGAACGAAGAAGAGGAGUGGACUUGUGCUGACUUCAAGUGCAAACUUUCACCCACUGUGGUUGGCUUGUCCAGCAAAACUCUGAGGGCAACCGCUAACGUGAGGUCCGCGGAAACGGUCGAAAAUGGAUACAGGUCCUUCAAGAGGAGCGAUCCCGUUAACCCGUACCACGUAGGUGCCGGCUACGUCUUUGCACCAGCUACCAGUGCCAACGACAGUGAGAUAUCCAGCGACGCACUGACGGACGACUCCAUGUCCAUGACGGACAGUAGCGUAGAUGGAAUCCCUCCUUACCGCGUGGGGAGUAAGAAACAGCUCCAGAGAGAAAUGCAUCGCAGCGUGAAGGCCAAUGGCCAAGUGUCUCUACCUCAUUUCCCGGUGAGUAUAGCCCCGCCGAGCACAUCGCCAGCCCGGGCAGCUCCGCGCCCCGCCCCCCCCCCAUGCGUGCCUGGGUCCCCCCUGCUCACGGCCCCCCUCUGCUGCCUUCCCUUCCAGGAUGAAGAGAAGGAGGGGUCCGAGCUUGCUCUGGGCUUGCGGGAGGGGGCGCCCCCCCAGCACCCCCUCUCCCUCCUGCCCUCUGGCAGCUACGAAGAGGACCCGCAGACAAUUCUGGACGACCACCUGUCCAGGCUGCCCCCCGCCGCCUCGCCAGCCGGCUGCCCCCUCCUCGGGGCCAAGGGCUUCGUGACCAAGCAGACCACGAAGCACGUCCACCACCACUACAUCCACCACCACGCCGUCCCCAAGACCAAGGAGGAGAUGGAGGCGGAGGCCGCACAGCGGGUGCGCUGCUUCUGUCCCGGCGGCCCCGAGUAUUACUGCUACCCCAAGUGCAAAAGCCACCCCAAGGCUCCGGAGCCCGGGCCUGCCGAGCAGUUCGGCGGCAGCCGAGGCAGCACCCUGCCCAGGCCGCCAGGGAAGGAGCCGGGCUGCAGCCCCAGGGAGGACGGAGACAGGUCGCAGGAUGUCUGGCAGUGGAUGCUGGAGACCGAGCGGCCGAGCAAGCCCAGGCCCCAUAGUGCCCAAAGCACAAAAAAGGCCUCCCCGCUGGAGUCCGUCCGUGUGCCCCCCGCCGAGCGAGCCAGCCGGCACCACCUGUGGGGGGGCAGCAGCGGGCACUCCCGAGCCGCCGCCCGCGCCCACCUGUUUACCCAGGACCCUGCGAUGCCGCCCCUGACCCCUCCCAACACCCUGGCCCAGCUGGAGGAGGCCUGCCGCCGGCUGGCUGAGGUGUCCAAGCCCCCGAAGCAGCGGUGCUGCAUGGCCAGCCAGCAGAGGGACAGGAACCACGCGGCCGCUGGUCAGACGGGAGCCGCGCCCUUCUCCGCCCCCGGCCUGGCCGCAGAAGAUCACAAAGAGCCAAAGAAACCGGCAGGGGUCCACGCGCUCCAGGCCAGCGAGCUGGUCGUCACGUACUUUUUCUGUGGAGAAGAGAUUCCAUACAGGAGGAUGCUGAAGGCUCAGAGCUUGACCCUGGGCCACUUUAAAGAGCAGCUCAGCAAAAAGGGAAAUUAUAGAUAUUACUUCAAAAAGGCCAGCGACGAGUUUGCCUGCGGCGCGGUGUUUGAGGAGGUCUGGGACGACGAGACGGUACUCCCCAUGUACGAAGGCCGGAUCCUGGGCAAAGUGGAGCGGAUCGACUGAGUCUGCGGGUCUGGCCGCGGCCGGCCGUGCGAGCCCCACAAGCGGUCUGGGCCGUGAGCCACCGCCAUGCAACACAAAGAAGGAAUUUAAAAAAAUAAAAAUGAAGACAAAGUCUAGGGAAGAGCUGCCCACUGGGCCUUCGGAGGUGGGGUGGGGGGUGGGGGGUGGUUUUUCAUUAUUCAUGGGCUGGGUACUGAGAUAAGAAGAGCCUGAACUAUUUAUUAAAACCAUGACCACUCCUGGCUAUUGAAGAUGCUGACUGUAUCUGAGAGACGGCCAUCCGUAAUAUAUGACUUCCUAGGGACCUGGAACCCAUAAACUAAGAGAAACUGUGUAUAGCUUCCCUGAACAGGAGCCCUUACUGAUAUUUAUUGAACAAGUGAUAAUCCCUGCCCCCAGUUUAUGGAUAUGCUGCUUAAGCCACGGAAGGGGAGGCAGGAAGUUUUCGGGGUUCUGUCUAAACUUGGGAGCCGAGCUCGGGGUGCAGGGAUGGUUUCUUCGUUACCAGAGGGAUCGCGCUCCGCCCUGCGUUUUCUCCAAGUGAAGACAGACGUUCCUAGUGGUGCCCUGCCAUUGACACGCAGGAAUCGGUGCAUUUUUUUUUUCUGUGCUGCUGUAUUUUGUCAAAAAGGUCUUGAGGUUUGACUUACGUUGCAACAUCACCGCCACUUGGGGGUCACCUUGUUGGAUGUUCAUUGCUGAGUUGGGGGGAUUCUCCUGGGGACCCCAAGUCAUCCCAUAACGUCCUCCAGCUCCCCACAAGGCCCAGCGCUCAGUGCCUGAGGCCCGCAAGAACCUCGCGGUUCGCCGUGCGUUUAUUGGAAUAAAUCCUUCUUAGCCCCCUUUUUUCUUUUUUUAAAUUUUUUUAAACUCUGGGCCACAGCCAUUCUGGAAACUACCCCUGCCCUGCAAAGAAGCAAAGAGCUGUGGGAAGACCUGGCAGCACCUUGUCCUCGACACCUUCGUUUGUCCUCCGGGUUUUGUAUUAAGUUAAUCUGUACAUUCUGUUUGCCCCCGUUACCUGUACUAUACGUCUGUAUAUAUCGUCCGGCGAAGGAGUAUUAAUCCACUAUCUCUAGUGCUUGACUGAAUCAGUACAGUACCUGUACCUGCACGGUGUCCCCAUCCGUGUGUCGCCCUAUAUUGAGGGCUCGAGCUUUCCCUUGUUUUUUGAAAGGGGUUUAUGUAUAAAUAUAUUUUAUGCCUUUUUAUUACAAGUCUUGUACUCAAUGACUUUUGCGAUGGCAUUUUGUUCUACUUAUACUGUAAAUUAUGCAUUAUAAAGAGUUCAUUUAAGGAAAAUUACUUGGUACAGUAAUUAUUGUAAUUAAGAGAUGUAGCCUUUAUUAAAAUUUUAUAUUUUUCAAA